UGCAUUUCCCCCUUUCUCUCCUCAGCACCGUUUUCCCCAUCCCUUCCUAUUAUUCUUAUUCUUUUGAAUAUUCUUCAUUUUCAAGCCGCCAAAGUGGAGAGUGUGAUUGCAGAAGGGGGUGCUUCUCGUUUCAGUGCUUCUUCGGGGGGAGGAGGUAGUAGGGGUGCACCUAAGCACUAUCCCAAGACUGUCGGCAACAGCGAGUUCCUGGGGAAAACCCCAGGGCAAAGCGUUCAGAGAUGGGUUCCUUCACGAAGCACUAGACGAGAUGCCAACUCCAGCAACGAAAAAGGGCGACAUGAUGCAAUCUUCAGGAAAGUGAGGGGCAUACUCAACAAACUCACGCCUGAGAAGUUUGACAAGCUAUGCCUUGAGCUCCUGAAUGUGGGCGUAGAUUCAAAACUCGUCCUUAAAGGAAUUAUCUUGCUGAUUGUAGACAAAGCCCUAGAAGAGCCAAAGUAUAGCUCGCUCUAUGCUCAGCUAUGUCUGCGCUUGGCAGAGGACGCACCAAACUUUGAUGGCCCUUCAUCCGAGAUCCAAACAUCCCAAAAGCAGAGCACAACCUUCAGAAGACUGCUGAUUUCCAAGCUUCAAGAUGAAUUUGAAAACCGCACCAGAAAUGUUGAAAUCUAUGACAAACAUGACAAUCCUCUUACUUCUGAGGAGGAAGAGCAGCGUGCCAUUGCCAAGAUCAAGAUGCUUGGCAACAUUAAAUUCAUCGGGGAACUUGGCAAACUCAACCUCAUCCACGAAUCUAUCCUUCAUAGGUGCAUCAAAACACUUCUGGAAAAGAAGAAGAGAGUCCAGCUCAAGGAUAUGGGGGAGGAUCUGGAGUGCCUCUGUCAGAUAAUGAGAACAGUGGGGCCGAGACUCGACCAUGAUAAAGCAAAGUCUUUAAUGGAUCAGUACUUUGGCCGUAUGCACUCUUUAAUGAACAACAAGGAGUUGCCCGCUAGGAUCCGCUUCCUGUUGCAAGAUACAGUGGAACUGCGAGUAAACAACUGGGUCCCCCGCAAGGCUUUCAUUGACAACGGACCAAAGACGAUUAACCAGAUCCGUCAAGAAGCAGUGAAAGAUCUGGGUGUUUUCAUCCCAGCAUCCAUGUCUCAGGGGAUGAGGAUGGACUUCUUCCUGGAAAGCCCCUUCUUGCCCAAUAGAAUGAAACUGGACAGGGAGAAUCUUGGGGGAUUGGCCGACAUGUUUGGACAGAUGCCAGGCAGUGGGAUUGGAACAGGCCCUGGGGUUAUUCAGGAUAGGUAUUCACCCACGAUGGGACGCCAUCGCACCAACCCGCUGUUCAACGGCCACGGCAGCCAAUUCCCCCCUCCACCACAGUCACAGUUCGACACGGGGCCGAAGUCUUUUGUCAAGUCCAACCAGGUUCAGAACCAACAUUUUCUCAACCAGAACCAGAACCUCAUGGCCCAGCAGCAGGUCCAGUCCAAGGACAUGCCUCCACGAUUCGGCAAGAAAGGACAGCUCAAUGCUGAUGAGAUCAGCCUCAGGCCUGCUCAGUCGUUCCUCCUCAACAAGAAUCAGGUACCCAAGCUCCAGCCGCAGAUCCCCACCAUGAUGCCACCCAGCACUCAGCCCCCCCGCACUCAAACUCCCCCUCUGGGUCAGCCUCCGCAGCUUGGCCUGAAGACCAACCCUCCGCCCAUCCAAGAGAAACCUCAGAAAACUAACAAGAAACCACUUCCUGCCAAGGAGGAAUUGCUCAAAAUGACGGAGGCAGUCAUGACUGAGUAUUUGAACAGUAAGAACCUGGCUGAGGCUGUGAGUGGUGUCCGAGAGAUGAGGGCUCCAAAGCAUUUCCUGCCGGAGAUGCUCAGUAAGUUCAUCGUGUGCUCCCUCGACUGUCCCGAUGAGGACAAGGAGCACGCCAGCACUCUGAUCCACAUGCUCCGCACUGAGGGCCUCAUCACUGGAGAGAACUUCAUGCAGGCUUUCCUCAAUAUCCUGGACCAGUGCCCUAAGAUCGAGUUGGACAUGCCCCUGGUGAAAUCCUACCUGGCCCAGUUUGCAGCCCGGGCUAUCAUCGCCGAGCUGGUGAGCGUGGCAGAGCUAGCUCACCCCCUGGAGAAUGGCACCCACUUCCCCCUCUUCCUGCUCUGCCUGCAACAGACAGCCAGGCUGAAGGACAGGGAGUGGCUCACCGAUCUCUUCCAGCAGAGCAAGGUCAACAUGCAGAAGAUGCUCCCAGAAAUCGAUCAGAACAAGGACCGCAUGCUGGAGAUCCUGGAGGGGAAGGGCCUGAGCUUCCUGUUCCCACUGCUGAAGCUGGAAAAGGAGCUGCUGAAGCAGAUAAAGGCAGACCCCUCUCCACAGUCCAUCUACAAGUGGAUUAAAGAUAACAUCUCUCCCAAGCUCCACAUCGAUAAAGGUUUUGUCAACAUCCUCAUGACCAGUUUCCUCCAGUACAUCUCCCAGGAGCUGUGCAUGGUGGAGAGUGACGAGCAGCUAGCAGCCCUUCCCAAGGAGCAGCUGGAGCAGGAGAAACAGCUGCUGCUGGCUUUCAAGCCUGUCAUGCAGAAGUUCCUGCACGACCACACCGAGCUUCAGAUCAGCGCCCUCUAUGCCCUGCAGGUGCACUGCAACGCCAGCGGUCUCCCUAAAGGUAUGCUGCUGCGCUACUUUGUGAACUUCUACGACAUGGAGAUCAUUGAAGAAGAAGCCUUCCUUGCAUGGAAAGAAGAUAUUACCCAAGAAUUCCCUGGAAAAGGAAAAGCUUUAUUCCAGGUCAACCAGUGGCUCACCUGGCUGGAGACGGCUGAGGAAGAGGAGUCUGAGGACGAAGCAGAUUGAGAAACCCAAGCAGAAGCCUCAUGGUGUUGAAGAUCGACCUUUACCUUAUUACUUCACUCCCCUUUUCCUUUAUCAAACUGCAUGCUUAAUUGAACCACUACCCCGUGGCAGUCAGCUGCUUCUGUCUUGCAAACGUUAACGAAGCUUGUAUCUGUAGGGCCUCGUGUGUUACCACCUGCACCGCGACAAAAGGCUGGGACGCAUCAUUUGAGCUUUUGCCUGAUAGUUGUUUGAUUUUGGAACUGUGUCCUGAUCAGCUACAUGGAAUCUGGAAUGGCUGAGUCAUGUUUCCUUUUUUGUCUUUUUUGCUUUGACUUUAUUAGGGGUGAAAGCUAUUUUUCACUAUUAGGUGUUUUUCAUUUGCACUCAUUUUCCUUUCCGAUUUGAAACUUCCCCAAUAGGAAACCUUUUUAUUUAAGAAUGUGAAGGAUGCCCCUUUAAAUAUGUCAGAUUAGUGGUAAUCUUCACUAAUGUUAGAUACAAUUAGAAGAUAAGGUAAAUAAAGGUUUCGUUAGCAAUCUGCUCAGUGACCUUGAGUCAAGGCCCAGCCUGGAUUCCCUUUCAUCACACACACAGUGAUUUAAUUCACUGCACAGACAGCAGGAUCCUCAACAGUAAAUUGUAUGGGCCCUCUGAAGUGGUAGUGAAGCAUAAGCUGGCAAAACAUUUCAUAAUAAAUUAGUUACAUGUUUGGUUAACCCUUUCUUACUCAGCCUUUCUUUAAUGUAGAAGUGUCUUUUAUAAUCACUGAUGAGCAUCUUCCUUUCCUAUGUUUCUCCCUCAUCAGAAGUUCUACAGUUCCCCUCUUUUUGAUAUCUGUCCCUCUUCAUCGUCUUUAAUUUCAAGAGUGGUUGCAAUACUUAUCCUCCAAAUGUAACAAUAAGUUAGAAAAAUAAACUGUAAUAAUUUGUGUGCGUAAAUGCAUUCAGAGCUGCCUGUGUUUCUACCUCUUAGUUAGAUGGGGUUCUGUUUGUUUUUGGUGCUGGAAUAAUGAGAACUUCUAAGAACCUAGAGGCCAAGCAGAAUAUGAAGUAUUUGAUUUAGUCCUAGAAUUUAGAUUGCACACUAAAUUCACUGAAGCUUCACAUGGUUUACAACUGUUGAUAUUUAAGAAUGAGUUGUUCUUGUUGUUCAAGAAUUUGGCUGUUUAGUGUUCCUGUUUUGGUUUUCAAACUUAAGUCACAGUGCUUAUUAUGUUGAAUAUGGAAAAAAUCAACCAAAAGUGAAUUUUUUGUUUUACUAAAAUUGGCAAAGUUAAGUAAAAACUGUUACAUUGGUUGAAAUCUGAAAUCUCCCCAUCACCUACCCCAAUAGCUACACAUUACAAAUCCUGUUCACAAGCCAUUUAAUGUAUAAGGUAAUGGAUUUGGAUCAUAUUGUAAGAUAUAACAAAUUUAUUGUGCAGCUCUAUUGCUUUAAUGCCAAUAAAGUCCAGGACAUGAGCACCAACA